AUGAACGUAGAAAACUCGUCUACAUUGAGUAAAGAAUGGAAAGAUUUUACAACCCGCAUUCCAGCUACCAUCGCUGUAGAGACAAGUAUUUUACUCCUUAUUGCACUGAUUGCCAUUGGAGGAAAUCUUCUGGUAGUAAUCUCCAUCUAUUGUAAUCCCAGUCUUCGUACCAUCACUAACUACUUCGUGUUGUCGCUCUCUUUAGCUAAUAUUCUUCAUCCAAUAUUGGGUAUUCCACCGUCUAUUUUCUGGUCAAUACAAAGCCGUUUUACCUCACAACAAGGGGUUUGUGAUUUCCAAGCUAGUUUUUUCACCAGUUUCAUUUAUGUGUCGGUGGUGACCAUCAUCUUAAUGGCGGUCAACCGUUUUGUUUGUGUCUGUAAACACGACAAAUACAAGAAGAUCUUCAACAAGAAGACUUCUCUGUUGAUGUUGGGAUCGGUUUGGGUCAUCAGUUUUGCAGGAGUUCCUUUGUAUAACGAAGCAGGGUUGAAUCAAACGAAAGCAAGUUUCAUACCGAGUCAACUUCGAUGUGGCUUUUUAAUUAACAAGGAAACCACCUCAAAAAUACUAGUCAACUUUAUCAUUGCAAUGACUCUCCUAAUGCCAUUCACAAUCAUCACCUACUGCUACUACAAAGUCUUUAAAAAAAUCCGAGAACACAAGAGAAACAUCACUCCUGCCUCCAACCUAAACAGCCUGGGUGCGCAUGUGCAAGACAUCAACGUCACGUGGACUAUGUUCGCUGUUUUGAUUGGAUAUUUCAUGACUUGGAUGCCCGUGUUGAUAAUUACUUUACUGAAAAAUAUUUUCGGUUCUGCAAACUUACCUCGUCAGGUCCACAUGAUCGUAACUUACACAGGAUCGAUGAGCACUGCUGUCAAUCCUAUAAUAUACGGAGUAAUGAACGCAUCCUUUCGACAGGAAUACAAGAGGAUAUUUAGAUGCACAUAA